AUGGAAGAAACUUAUCCAACGGAAGAAAUAUAUCAUGAGAGGCAAAAGUUAUGGUUUUGUGGUCAACUUCAAUAUAAAGCAUUUUCCAAAGAACAACUUGACGAUAUCGCCUUAAAUCUGUCCAAAAAAACAGAUUCAAGUAUUAAAAAGUUGAAUUUUCUCUACAUUAAUCCACACAAAAGUGUUUUUGGUGUUGGUAAUUAUGAUAUUAAUGUUCUGGAAGCAGCUCUAAAACAAUUUGAUUUGGAAAUUCAAUGGUUUGAUUCGCGAAAAGACAUUCGAACGGUCAUCCAAUUCACGGAUCCAACUCUUUUCGGAAUCAUUCUAAACACUCAAACAUCUCGUCUCUAUUUCUGGACAUCUAAUCACUGGAUUGCCGUUAAACCUUUUUUUAAUAAUGAGGGUGGAAUUCCAGAGAUUUACAACUUGGAUUCUAAGUUGCCCAAGCCUAUAAAGUUCGACAGCAUAGAGCAG